AUGGUGUACUUCUUUGAUAUUACAGAUUAGGUAUUUUAUGCUCUUAUCUUACUAGUAUUUCCAAUCUGAAACGCAAGUAGCUAACNACUUGACUAACAAAGCUUUCAACCAAGAGCAAGUAAAUAUAUAUAUGAAUAAAAGUAUAAUUAUUACAGGUUUUAAUACUUAAUUCAAAAUUUAUUAAAUUUCAUAAUAAUUGUUGCCUGA